UGGUUCAUGGUUAUAUGUCACACAAGUUAUGAUAAUUGUAUGAUUUAUCUUUUAAUUGCUGUGAUGUGUCUCAACACUUUUGAUUUGUGCCUUUUUUUGGAUCUGACCCAUGACCUUUUUAGCCAGCUUUCUUGUUUUAGUUUGGUCCAUAUGUAUGAUUUUUUCAUAUAAAACAGAAUUGAAAAAGCUCAAAUUGAUGUGUUUGUGUGCUGUGUAGCUUGUGAGCAUGGAUAAAUUCUGCAUACUUGUGGUCUUGCCAUUUUUGCAUGCAAGUAUUUUAUGUAUCUGUAUUAUUGUGUACAUGUGAACUAUAGUUAUGCAGUGCUUGAUUUUCGAUAACUCCCAUCAGGUGAAAGUUGAGGUUCUAUAUAAACCAGCUCUAUUUUCUGAUUGAUUAAUAUCCCUGAAAGGGUGUUUUGAAAAGAUGAAGAAUUCAGUAUCAGAUUCAUAUUUGUCUAUUGAAAGUGAAGAGAAUGAUGAGAAUGUGUAUGAUAAAGGCGAGGAUUCAGAUGAUUCGGAUUCUUCAAACUAUUCCUACAACAACGAGCACAACAGCAGGCCCGCUUCUGUGUCCAGUGCAUGGCCUCAAAGUUACAGGCAAUCAAUUGAUAUGAGUGUUCCAUCUCCGAGCCUCAACUUUUUGGGGACACCUGUAUUGUCACGAUUAAGCAAUUCUUUCCUUUCAUCCUCUCUUACAAAAAGAAAAACUCCUGAAAUAAUACAGUCAACAGCUAAACCUCUGUUGCAAGAAGCAUCAGAUGAGCAACAGCCUCAACUUAGACGUAGUUCACAUUCUCUUCUUCCUCCUAUAACAGAAAGAAAACAUGCAAAGAAGGUAACUUCUGAUCAGAAAUAUUCCAAGGUCUCGCAUGAAAUUCCAGUUGCUCGGAAGAGUUCAUAUGGCCAGGCUGUACUAAAUGGCAUGAAUGUUUUAUGUGGAGUAGGACUCCUCUCUACUCCUUACGCAGUCAAGGAAGGUGGAUGGUCUAGUCUUUCAUUACUGUUUAUGUUUGGAAUUUUAUCUUUCUACACGGGGAUACUCUUACGUCACUGCUUAGACAGUCAACCUGGUCUAGAGACAUACCCCGACAUCGGUCAAGCUGCCUUUGGCACUACAGGCCGCAUUGUUAUCUCCAUCAUCUUGUACGUGGAGUUAUAUGCCAGUUGUGUUGAAUAUAUAAUCUUGGAGAGUGAUAAUUUGUCAUCUCUGUUUCCGAAUGCAAACCUAAGUUUGGCAGGUUUUGACUUAAAUUCACGAUAUCUGUUUGCAAUAAUAACUGCCCUUACGGUUCUUCCUACAGUUUGGCUCAAAGACCUGAGCAUUUUAAGUUACUUCUCAGCCGGUGGAGUCAUUGCAUCAAUAUUGGUGGUUGUUUGUCUAUUCUGGGUUGGAUUGGUGGAUGAUGUUGGUUUUCAUGGAAAAGGGACAACAUUAAACUUCGCUACUCUUCCUGUCGCCCUAGGUCUCUAUGGUUUUUGCUAUUCAGGACACGCAGUCUUUCCAAAUAUCUAUACUUCAAUGGAAAACCGGAGCCAGUUUCCCCUUGUCCUCUUUACUAGUUUUGCUUUGUGUACGGUGUUGUAUGCUGGAGUUGCAGUAUUCGGAUACUUAAUGUUUGGGGAAGAGACAGAGUCACAAUUUACCCUUAAUAUGCCUAACCAUUUGGUUGCCUCCAAAAUUGCUAUAUGGACAACGGUGGUCAAUCCAUUGACGAAAUAUGCAUUAAUUAUGUCUCCGGUGGCUAUGAGUCUGGAAGAGCUGAUACCAUCAGACAAUCUCCAAUUUCACAUCUACUCGAUUCUGAUAAGAACGGCAUUGGUGCUUUCGACUUUAUUUGUGGGUCUCAGUGUCCCCUUUUUCGGGCUGGUGAUGUCAUUGAUUGGAUCUUUAUUAACGAUGCUAGUGAGAGGUGUUUUUCAGACACUCAUACUCCCCUGUGCUUGCUUUUUGAGCAUAUUCAGAGCAAAAGUUACUCCCUUACAGGGCUUUCUGUGUCUGCUGAUUAUCACGGUAGGCACAGUAUCAUCAGUUUUUGGAAGCUACUCAGCGAUAUUCCAGAUUAUCCAGCAGUUUGUGUGAAUUCAAUUUUAUUGUUGGACAAGUUAUUGGCAGUUUCACAGUGCAUAUAAUCUCAAAUUCACCAAAAUUAAGAUAUUAUUUUACAGUGUUUGCUUUAUACAUCAUGUUGUAGUCAUUGGUAGGGACUGCCUGGGUCUUAUUUAGGAUUUUGGAAAGUAAAUAAAAAGGUUCCGGCUCCGGUAAUGGAUUGUUGCAGGCUUGCAGAUAAUUUGUUGUGAUUUGUGAACAAUGUUAAGGACCCAAAUAAAAAUUAUCAAAGGCGAAGCUUGUUUUUACAA